UGGUGGUUUCUUUUUUUCUCUUUCUUUUUUCCUUUUCCUUUUUUUUUUUUUUUUUCCCCUUCUAAUUCCUGAGGGGUGGUUGCUGCUGGUGCUACAUGACUUGCCAGCGCCGGAGCCUGCGGUCCAACUGCGCUGCUGCCGGAGCGCUCAGUGCCGCCGCCGCCGCCCGCGCCGCCCGCGCCCCGCUCGACACCCACCGGUCGCCGCCGCCCGCCGCGCCGCUGCCCCGCACCCGCGCCGCCGCCGCCGCCGCCGCUGCCGCUGCCCCUCGACGCCUGGGUGAUGCUGGACAUGGGAGAUAGGAAAGAGGUGAAAAUGAUCCCCAAGUCCUCGUUCAGCAUCAACAGCCUGGUGCCGGAGGCCGUCCAGAACGACAACCACCACGCGAGCCACGGCCACCACAACAGCCACCACCCGCAGCACCACCACCACCACCACCACCAUCACCACCACCCGCCGCCGCCGGCGCCGCAACCGCCGCCGCAGCAGCAGCCGCCGCCACCGCCGCCGCCGCCGCCCCAGGCCCCGCAGCCCCCCCAGGCGCGGGGCGCCCCGGGACCCGACGACGACAAGGGCCCCCAGUCGCUGCUGCUGCCGCCGCCGCCGCCGCCACCCUCGGCCGCCGCCCUGGACGGGGCCAAAGCGGACGGCCUGGGCGGCAAGGGCGAGCCGGGCGGCGGCGGCUCUGGGGAGCUGGCGCCCGUCGGGCCGGACGAGAAGGAGAAGGGCGCGGGCGCCGGGGGGGAGGAGAAGAAGGGGGCGGGCGAGGGCGGCAAGGACGGGGAGGGGGGCAAGGAGGGCGAGAAGAAGAACGGCAAGUACGAGAAGCCGCCCUUCAGCUACAACGCGCUCAUCAUGAUGGCCAUCCGGCAGAGCCCCGAGAAGCGGCUCACGCUCAACGGCAUCUACGAGUUCAUCAUGAAGAACUUCCCCUACUACCGGGAGAACAAGCAGGGCUGGCAGAACUCCAUCCGCCACAACCUGUCGCUCAACAAGUGCUUCGUGAAGGUGCCGCGCCACUACGACGACCCGGGCAAGGGCAACUACUGGAUGCUGGACCCGUCGAGCGACGACGUGUUCAUCGGCGGCACCACGGGCAAGCUGCGCCGCCGCUCCACCACGUCGCGGGCCAAGCUGGCCUUCAAGCGCGGGGCGCGCCUCACCUCCACCGGCCUCACCUUCAUGGACCGCGCCGGCUCCCUCUACUGGCCCAUGUCGCCCUUCCUGUCCCUGCACCACCCCCGCGCCAGCAGCACUUUGAGCUACAACGGCACCGCGUCGGCCUACCCGAGCCACCCGAUGCCCUACAGCUCCGUGUUGACGCAGAACUCGCUGGGCAACAACCACUCCUUCUCCACGGCCAACGGGCUGAGCGUGGACCGGCUGGUCAACGGGGAGAUCCCGUACGCCACGCACCACCUGACGGCCGCCGCGCUCGCCGCCUCGGUGCCCUGCGGGCUGUCGGUGCCCUGCUCCGGGACCUACUCCCUCAACCCCUGCUCGGUCAACCUGCUCGCGGGCCAGACCAGUUACUUUUUCCCCCACGUCCCGCACCCGUCCAUGACCUCGCAGAGCAGCACGUCCAUGGGCGCCCGGGCCGCGUCCUCGUCCACGUCGCCGCAGGCGCCCUCCACCCUGCCCUGCGAGUCCCUAAGACCCUCGCUGCCGAGCUUCACGACGGGACUGUCCGGGGGACUGUCCGAUUAUUUCACACAUCAGAACCAGGGGUCUUCCUCCAACCCUUUAAUACAUUAACGUCCCCGGGACCAGACUGUAAGUGAACGUUUUACACACAUUUGCAUUGUAAAUGAUAAUUAAAAGAAAAAAUAAGUCCAGGUAUUUUUUAUUAAGCGACCCCUUCCCCUCCAACCCCCUCCCCCC